AUGGGCACAAGCCAGAAACCAGCCACAUCAGGAGGAUUCAGACGUCAGAGAGUGAAAGACCUUCAGUCCGUUGUACCCACCUGCCAGCAGCAGUCUGGAUUUGCUGUGGGAACACAGGAAAUAAGCAAGGCCUCCAUACUGCAGACGACCACUGACUACGUCCAGUUUCUUCACAAGCAGAAGAAGAAGCUAGAGGAGGACGUGUCCACACUGAAGAAGGAAGUGAUGGCCCUAAAGAUCAUGAAAACGAACUCUGAGCACAUAGUGAAAGCCAACCAGAACAACCCCCAGCAAGGGGAGGAGCAGGUGUCUGACCAGGUCAAGUUUAGCAUCUUUCAGAGCAUGAUGGACUCCCCGUUCCAAUCCUUCAGCAACUCUGUAUCAGUCAACAGUUUCCAAGAACUCUCCGCCUGCAUCGCCAGUUGGGUCGAGGAGCUCUGCAAGCCCCGGACUUUGGGGGAGAUCAUGCUCGGAGUGCUCAGGUAG